UUCCGUGUGGACCCGACAGAGUUCUCUGUCAAGAGAUUGGUCUGAAUCGUGGUUAAGAGCGAAGGCUGUGAAUGGGACUGCAGUCAAAGCUCCCUGCUCCUGCGCCAUCCUGGCUGUUGACCUGAGAAUGAAGGUACUCAGGUGUUGUCUUAAAUAUCCUCUCCAGCAUAAGGUUUUCAUCGUGUUUCUGACCCUGUGGCUGUUCUCCUUGGUGAAGCUGCUCAAUGUGGGGAGACUUCUCUUCCCUCCAGAAGGCCUGUACAUCGUUGAGUACUCCCUCAGUACCUCGCCUUUUGUGAGAAACAGGUACACCCAUGUUAAAGACGCGGCCAGCCAUGAAGUUAACUGUUCAGCCAUCUAUGAACAGGAGCCUCUGGAGGUCGGCAAGAGUCUGGAAAUCAGAAGGAGACACAUUGUGGACCUGGAGGAUGAUGACGUCGCGGCAAUGACGAGUGACUGUGACAUCUAUCACUCUCUGAGGAGGUACCAUCAGAAGCUCGUGUCAGGGGAGGAGAGACGCUUCCCAGUAGCCUAUUCCUUGGUUGUGCACAAAGAUGCGAUCAUGGUUGAGAGACUUCUCCAUGCUAUAUAUGCCCAGCACAACGUCUACUGCAUCCAUUACGACCUCAAGUCGCCUGACGCCUUCCAAGUCGCCAUGAAGAAUUUAGCGAAGUGCUUCCCCAAUGUCUUCAUUGCUUCCAGAUUAGAGGCCGUGCAGUACGCUCACAUUUCCAGACUCCAAGCUGACUUGAAUUGCCUGUCAGACCUUCUCAAGUCUUCAGUUCAAUGGAAAUACGUUAUCAAUCUGUGUGGGCAAGAUUUCCCCCUGAAGUCCAAUUUCGAGUUAGUGUCAGAGUUGAAGAAACUCAACGGAGCAAAUAUGUUAGAGACGGUCAGACCCCCAAACAGCAAAACGGAAAGGUUCACUUAUCACCAUGAGCUCAGGCAGGUGCCUCACGACAGCGUGAGACUACCAGUGAGGACAAAUGUCUCCAAGCAGGCGCCCCCGCACCACAUUGAGGUAUUUGUCGGCAGUGCCUACUUUGUUUUAAGUCAAGCAUUUGUGAAUUAUAUUUUCAACAGCUCCCUCGUUACAGACUUCUUUGCCUGGUCUCAAGACACAUACUCGCCUGAUGAGCACUUUUGGGCGACCUUAGUUCGGGUACCAGGAGUACCUGGAGAGAUUUCCAGGUCAGCCCAGGACGUGUCUGACCUACAGAGCAAGACCCGCCUUGUCAAGUGGAAUUACUACGAAGGGGUUUUCUACCCCAGUUGCACUGGAACGCACCUUCGAAGUGUGUGUAUUUAUGGAGCUGCAGAAUUAAGGUGGCUUAUAAAAGAUGGACAUUGGUUUGCUAAUAAAUUUGAUUCUAAGGUGGACCCUGUUUUGAUUAAGUGCUUGGCAGAAAAGCUGGAAGAACAACAGAGAGAGUGGAUCUCUUUGUCUUCAGAAAAUCCCACAGUCACAUCUGUGUAGUGAGACCUGAUGGAAGUAGGAGGGUGUCUGAUAAGCGGAGUUCAUGGUGGCUGUACACCCAGCCGUCUGCCAGGCUGCCUGGGUGUGGUCCGCUCAGUUUGAAAGGUGCUUAGGAGGUGAUCUGGUCUUGGUAGGGUGGCCAUUGGUUGCGCUCUCUAGUGCUCAUCUCCCCUUGUAAUCUCACUGAGCUAAAUCAGGGGUCCUAACUGGCCACUCAGUGUUCAGGUGAGUAUUGAACCCCUGACUGUUUUCAGAAACCACGUGGGAAUUAAACCAGGUUGUGUGGUGAGCUGAGCACCAUCAGGAGCCUGUGGCUUCCCCUCAACACUCAGCACCUUCUCCAUGUGACCAUCAGGGUUCUACUAAGAGUGCUUCUGGAGUUAAACCACCAUGUCAGAACACUGCUAUGUACAGGGACCCUCACUCCAUUUGUAAUGAAGUCUCCUAGAUUUUUCCUGACCAUUUGAAUGUGAGGAGAGACUCUGUGGCCUCAGAAAAGCUCAAGGAAUUGUCAGUUUCCUGCCUGCCGAAGCGUCUUGCCUUGUGCCCCUGCUUCGCUUGUUGAAUUCAGGGUGUGAGUGAGCCAGGGAGGCGAUGCUGGGAGAAGAUCCCCGCAGGCAUCAGGUUACACAAGGUCUCCGUGGCCUCCUUUUCAGUUCAACUAUUUCUUUAAAACAGGUUUAAUGCUUGAAAAUAAGAACUGGGUAGCCUGUCAAAUGCAUAUUUAAAAGAGUAACAGGAACUGGCUAGUAGUUCAGAGUGUCACACAUCAGCCUUGCCCCUGAGUUGCCUGGUCGCUGUUACAGGUAAGUUUUCUGCAGUGGGUUCAGUGUACUUCUGCUUUGUAGAGCUGCUGAGCUAAGGGAUGAUACAUUUUCUUGGAAAGAUUCUGUCAAAUAUGACAGCACUCCAACUUCAUUAUUGCCAUUUUGACAUUUUUCUUAUUUCUCUGGCUCCGGACACAUGUAGUCUAGCAUUUCCGGGAGCUGGCGGGUCUCACCCUUGCCUUGGUAAUUCUGCAGAUUACUGUAUGCCUUCCGACCUGAUUCUCCCCUGAUCUGGAAAAUGUUUGCCAUCUGUGUUUUGUAAUUGUUUUUUGUGUAGUAUUUAUUGAACCGAGACUCCUACAUUAUUUAGAGAGUAGGCCAGGACCUUGCCAUAUGUAAGUUGUAUGUGGAUAUUAAUAAUAAUGAAAGAGCUACCAAAAUAUGUGAUUUGAACAAUCUACUAUAUUAUUAUACAUAUUUAAAGAUGACUAUUGCUGCUACUUUUUAAAUGUUUAGAUGAUUUUACACUUGAUCUUAGCCAAAAGGCUGAGAAGCAGUAAAUGUUUAGAUUAUUUUAAAUGAAAUAUAUAUAUAUAUAUUUAAAUUUGAAGAUUUCUCUUGCCUACCAGAAUGUGAUAUACAUACAUACAAUUGUAUUUUUUACACAUUUCAUGGAAAAUAAAAUGAUCGUCUGCUUCGGGAAUUUGAAAUGGGUGUACCCUUAUGUAUGCUACAAGUAUUUUUUUUUGUUUAUGAUGGUGAAAUGAGUUUUGAUUUUUUUUCAAAUAUUUUUAUCAGCUGGUCUCUGACUCUCCUCUUUUCAACCACUUUUGAAAUACAUUUCUAGCUAUCGGAGUUUUAAAUAGGUUGGUGUUUCAUUUUUUAUUCUGCUAGAUGUGAACUCUUUGAUGUUGUAAAAUAAAAUGUGAUCCAAUGACCAAAGCCCUGGAAUUCAUGAACUUUGCUUUCAUGGUUUUGCUGGCUUCUCACAAAGGUGUGUUCGGCUCAUGGCACUGCUCGAAUAUGAAGGGCAGAGUUAGCUUCAUUUCAGUGUAACGCAAUUCGGUGUGUAUUCCGCAAAGAACACAGGCGCAAGAGCUUAAAUUGCCUAACUUGGCAGAGCCACAAAGAAUCCUCUAGGGGUUCCCUGUCUGCCUUCUCCUUCAGAUUGGUUUCUCCUCUAAGAUUAAUCUUCCAGAUAAGAGUUCUUGCUCAGCUGAGAGCGGAGGAAGUUGGCUCUCAGUAGGGUAGGCUGAGCUCUUUAUCUCAGCUCCUGCAGUCCUGGAAAACCAAGGUUCUCUUCUCUCUUUGAGGAGCUACUGCCGUGGUUAGAAGCCUCUGGAUGCUUGGAGCCUGACUGCACCGCUGUCCCCAUGCUUUGCAGUGGACAGUUUCCAAAAAGUUUCUCCUUUGUCUGCAUAGUGCCUUUGCCAAGGUGGAUGGCUGAGAUCCACAUGAAUUUCCAGGAGGGGCGGAGGGAGGGUGGCUCACAGCAGCACACUGGAGAGUCCUAUGUAGGGAGCUCCACGGUUUCACAUUCCCUUUGGUGUCCACAAGUCUGCAUCCAGAUCAGGACAGGUGGCUUCUGGUUUUGUGAAAUGGAUCAGGAGGCUUUGCAAGAGAGAAGGAGUGGAGACUCGUGUGUUUUUCUCACUCCUGGGAGAUGUUUCCUGUGAUGCCAACAGCUUGGGGACAGAGGACUGGAGAAUCCACCCACACGGGCAUGGAAAGGCCCCGGAAGACAACACCUGACCUUGGAUACGGCCUCCCUUCAGAGCCCCAAAGUCCUCCUUCUGGGAGCCCCUGGGCUCAAUCAGUCACGCCAGGAAAGAAUUAGAGUUAGGACCCUGGAUAAAUUUACUUAUUAUGUUGGUCAAUGUUGCUAUUGUUUCCUAUAGAACAAUAAAGGAAUUAAACAGAAAUCGUGUGUAUUCGUUC